CGCGCUCAUUCUGCGAAAGCAAUUCGCUACUUGAAGUUGUCGGAGGGCUUCAUGAGCACAUGAGUUGCAUGACAUUUCAAAAAGUUAAAUGAGCACAUCUGCCUCUUCAGCCACAGCCAUGGAGGACGAAUGGGAAGAAGAGGAGCAGCUGGUCGUGGCGGAACUGUCUGGAAUGAUCAGCUCUGAUUUAAUCUCCAGUCGGCGGGGCACGUGCAAGAUAGUGGACAUUGACAGCGAGCAGCCAAUGAUGCAGGUGGGUCGGUAUCUGUUCGCCGGGGAAUACGAGGAUGCCAUCGGAACCUGUGUGAUCUUUGAAGAGGACGGCGCAGGUUCUAAUCCAGCUCUUAAAUACAAAUGUCACACAGUGAAGAAACUAAUGCUUCAGCGCACGUUCCUGUCGGAGAGGAAAGAGGACGAGCCCGUUUCUAACAAAAUAGAGGUCCUGGCUCUCCACGAGGAAGAAUCGUUCGGCAGGAAGAGCGCAGUUUGUCACUACCUGGAUCCGAUAGAUACAGAAAAAUCUGUCCUGGACGAAUCUAAAGACUGCGAGGAUCCAGAAAUGAGCGACGAAUCAGUGGAUGAUGUGGAUGAGACUGACGCGGGAGCCACGCUUUUGGAGAACUCUGCUGAGGAGACCAUGAACGCCACCAGCUGUUCUGAACAGGCGGCUACUCAAGAAGGGGAAGAUGGCUCUUGAAAGACUGUUUGCUUUCUGAUAUUGUACAUACUGCAUCGUGUAAAUAUAAGUUUUCUGCUUAAUGAAAGUGGUUUUAUAUUUUGUUUA